CGGUCUCUGUCGCUGAGCGAGGCGGCCCGGGUGCAGUAUGGAGGCGAAGGCCAGGUCCACCGCGGCUACCGAUGGCGCGUAUUCGGUGUCUGCGGAGGAGACCGAAAAGUGGAUGGAGCAGGCGAUGCAAAUGGUACUCAGAAGCCACACGUGGCUGGUGGCAACCAUAUUGGACAGCACAGAUCAAACGAUGUUUCCAUCGCUAUCGACAGUGCUGUUGGAUAGCGCUGGCCUGAAGCGGUCCCACGUCCGUCCCCAGUGUGUGAGAAUGUUCUGUCCUACCCCAGUUCCUACCAUCCCUGGAAUUAUCACUACUGAACAUUUCGCAAUGUUACAGGCCAAAGACGCCCUAGACAAUACUGAAGUUCCUGUUGGCUGCCUUAUGGUCUACAACAAUGAAGUUGUGGGGAAGGGGAGAAAUGAAGUUAAUCAAACCAAAAAUCUCUCUUUCCAGGCUACUCGACAUGCAGAAAUGGUGGCCAUUGACCAGGCCCUAGACUGGUGCCGUCGCCGCGACAGGAGUCCUUCUGAAGUGUUUGAACACACUGUGCUGUACGUCACCGUGGAGCCCUGCAUCAUGUGUGCAGCUGCUCUCCGCCUGAUGAGAAUCCCGCUGGUUGUCUAUGGCUGCCAGAAUGAAAGAUUUGGUGGUUGUGGCUCUGUUCUGGAUAUUGCCUCUGCUGAUCUACCGAGUACUGGGAAACCAUUUCAGUGCACCCCUGGAUAUCGGGCUGAGGAGGCAGUGGAGAUGUUAAAGACCUUCUACAAACAAGAAAAUCCAAACGCACCAAAAUCAAAGGUUCGAAAAAAGGAAUGUCACAAAUCCUGAACUUGUUCUAAUGAAAGACUCACGCCCCUGGGACGACAUUCUUGGACAGAAAGCUAUUGACAUCGUUGAAGCAUAUGUUUAUAUAUUGUCCAUAAUUCGCGGGAAAAUGGUUUCUCAUCAUUUGCUCUGUUAAGGGAGCAAAUGAGCACUUUUUAAAAGGCUGACAGUUGCAAACAACUCCUAGCUUUUCCACAAGCUGAAAGCCCAUUUUUAAGAAGGGGAAAAGUUAAAGAUUGAGGUUUUAGAAAUUAACAAGCAGUUCCUGUUCUUCAUGCCAAAAUCCUUAUGCCUGGUCCAGGAAUGCACUGACUUUCAGAGGAUGUGUAUCCAGACUCAGUUGCCUGGUGUGUCUGCCUGGAGAGCAUCACCCGACAGACAGCUGCUCCAGGCCUUACAGAUGGGGACCCUUCAUCCUUGGCAGCCGCCUUGUUCUCUCGGGUUGCGUGUGUAGAGGAGGGAGACUUCCUUGGAAGUUGUAUUAAUAUAUGAAUCAUAUACAUAUUGGACCACGAUUCUGUGGUCCUUAGAAGAGAUUUUUGCUUUUAUAAAGCAUUUAGAGAAAAUACAUACUUUUAAAACACAUGUUCAUCAUUUAACAGCAUACUGCUAUCAUAAAACCUUAUUCAUGCCUUCUUUGAAGAUGAAUGGUCUUAAAAAUAAAAGAAAUGCCUAAGUA